GACCCCAAUGCGCAGUGUGUCAAGCAUGAGGAGAAGGAGCAGAUCAAGUGUCUCAACAGCAAGUUCGCUGCCUUCAUCGACAAGGUGCGCUUCCUGGAGCAACAGAACAAGCUGCUGGAGACCAAGUGGCAGUUCUACCAGAACCGCAGGUGCUGUGAGAGCAACCUGGAGCCACUGUUCGAGGGCUACAUCGAGACACUGAGGAGGGAGGCGGAGUGUGUGGAGGCCGACAGCGGGAGGCUGUCCUCAGAACUCAACCACGUGCAGGAAGUGCUGGAGGGCUAUAAGAAGAAGUAUGAGGAAGAAGUUGCACUACGGGCCACAGCUGAGAACGAGUUUGUGACUCUAAAGAAGGAAGUGGACUGUGCCUAUCUCCGCAAGUCAGAUCUGGAAGCCAAUUCUGAGGCCCUGAUCCAGGAGAUCGACUUCCUUCGGCGACUCUAUGAAGAGGAGAUCCGCGUCCUCAACUCCCACAUCUCAGACACCUCGGUUGUGGUGAAGAUGGACAACAGUCGGGACCUGAACAUGGACUGUGUCAUCGCUGAGAUCAAGGCUCAGUAUGAUGACAUCGCCAGCCGCAGCCGGGCUGAGGCUGAGUCCUGGUACCGCAGCAAGUGCGAGGAGAUGAAGGCCACGGUGAUCAGGCACGGCGAGACCCUGCGCCGCACCAAGGAGGAGAUCAACGAGCUGAACCGCAUGAUC